AUGGAUGAUAUUAGUGUUCAUUUAACUUCGGAUUUAACCUCAUCAGAAAGACGGUUAUCUCCAGAUUGGACUUUGGAAUAUUUUAAAAAUCGGGUUGAGCAGAUCACGGGAAUUCCACCCGCCUCACAGAAAAUAUGGAUAUACCAAACUGCAGAUUCAUCUGAAAGAACACCUAUUAAUGAUUCAUUGAAUACUCAAAAUACACACUUAGAAGAUUUAAAGAUUCAUCCCGGCACUAGAAUCCACAUAGAAAGUAAAGAUAAUGAUCCAGAAUUGGCUGAACUACAGAGGGAUCUGCUUAAUACUAGCGACAAAAAUGAGCUCUACAAGUUGGAUGAGAAACAGUAUGAUCAAAUGCCAAAUACUGUUAAAAGGUGGAAACAGGAAAAUAAGCUUGGUCGAUAUGAUCCUGUACUGAGGGCCAAGAAAGAACAUAUAAUCCAAGAGGAUAAGUUAAGGGCAAGUGAAAUACAUGUUGGAGAUCGCUGCAAGUUAACCAACUCCUCGAUCCAAAGAUUGGGUACCGUCAGAUAUGUGGGGAAAGUACCUGAGAUUGAUCCAGAGAGAAUUUGGAUCGGUGUUGAAUUGGACGAUCCCUUUGGCAAAAAUGAUGGAUGCAUUAAGGGAGGACGCUAUUUCACAUGCAAAGAAAAUCAUGGCUCAUUUGUUAGGCCAUUGGUUGUAAAAACGGGUGAUUUUCCUCCAGAAGAAUUACCCUUUGAUGAAAAAAGUGAUGAUGAGUUGUGA